CGGAUGCCCUAGACUUGAACACUUGGAUUUCUCUAACAACCACAUCACUGGCAAGAUCCCAAGUUCGAUAUCCCAAAUGGCACAAUUGAAGGAGAUAAAUAUUUCUACCAAUUAUUUAACAGGAGAGGUUCCAGGAGGAAUAGGGGAACUGUCAUUCUUGUUGAAGAUGGACUUGAGCAACAAUCAAAUUUCAGGGGGCAUACCAUUUGAGAUUGGCAGGUUGACAAAAUUGCAAGAACUGGAUUUAUCAUCCAACAACAUCCAAGGACCAAUACCUGAAGAGCUUGGGAAUUGUGAUGAAUUGAUUCUAUUGAAGAUGAGCAACAACAGCUUAAGCGGAACAAUUCCUUUUCAGAUAGGAAACUUGGCACAAUUGCAGAUACUACUAGAUCUUAGCAAUAACAUGCUAUUGGGGUCGAUACCAAGCCAACUUGGGAAGUUAAAUCGUCUGGAGAGACUCCGUCUUUCCCAUAACAAGCUUGUGGGUACAAUACCAUCAUCAUUGGUCGGAAUGAGUAGUUUGACGUCAGUCGAUUUGUCCUUUAACAAUCUCACGGGGCCUCUUCCAAACAACCCUGCAUUUCUGAAUGCUUCAACAGAAUCAUUCAUAGGUAACCUUAACUUAUGUGGAGGACAUGCCUUGCAGCUAUGCAAGCCUCCCUCAGAGGUAAAAAGUCAAAAAAUGAUGUCCAUUAUUAUUCCAGUAGUUGCUGUGCUCAUUCUUAUAUUCCUUGUUAUUGGAAUUUACAAAGUUUGGCCAAAAGCGAUGCAGAGGCAAGACAAAAGAAGCAUUCUUGCCGAAACAAACCAUGGAAAGGAUCUAUUUUCUAUAUGGAACUAUGAUGGCAAACUUGCUUAUGAAGAUAUUGUCAGUGCUACAGACAAUUUCAGUGAUGAGUAUGUUAUUGGUAGAGGAGCACAUGGAAGCGUUUACAGAGUUGAACUGCCCACAGGUCAAAUUGUGGCUGUCAAGAAGUUCAACCAAACCGGUAGUGAUAUGUUAACAGACUUGGGCUUCAGAAAUGAGAUUAAAGCAUUGACAGAAGUCCGCCACAGGAACAUAGUCAAGCUCUAUGGAUUUUGUAAGCAUCCUCAAUGCUCAUUCUUGGUGUAUGAAUACAUAGAGAGAGGAAGCUUGGCAAGCAUACUAAGCAGCAACGAAGCCUCUGAAAGAUUGGACUGGCCAAAAAGGGUGAACAUCAUAACUGGAGUUGCCGAUGCUUUGUCAUAUAUGCAUCAUGAUCACUCAGUUCCAGUAAUUCAUCGGGACAUCUCUAGCAAGAACAUCUUGUUAUAUCCCGAUUUCGAUGCAUGCAUUUCAGACUUUGGAACAGCCAAAUUACUGAACCCAGAUUCAUCAAAUUGGACUGGCCUUGCAGGGACACACGGCUACAUGGCACCAGAGUUGGCAUACACCAUGAGAGUAACAGAGAAGUGUGAUGUCUACAGCUUUGGGGUAGUAGCUCUUGAAAUUUUGAUGGGAAGGCACCCAGGAGAACUAUUAUCAUCUUUGGUUAUUCUCACAAGGCAAGAGCUUGAUGUAAAGCUCAGGGAUAUGCUGGAUCAACGAAUACCAGCUCCAGGGGACCAAGAAGCAGAGAUGGUGGCUGCUGUAGCCAAGCUUGCAGUCAUGUGCAUAGGCAUGAAACCGGAAUCACGGCCUACAAUGCGCUCUGUUUCUCUGCAUCUUUCCUCUCCCAGCAGAAAGCAUUAUUUGUUCAAAGCCUUACAAGACAAUCACUCAAACAGAUAUGAUGCAUCAUGA